CGCGCCUGUCUGUUUCUGACUCCUAGCACGUUGUGCUCGAUAAAUACGACUCCAAAACCCAUACACGCAAUUCAUACCGCACUCGACGAAAUCGAAACCCCCAUUUGACCAACACGCCACCUGCCCUCUCCCAGCCACGGCGCCCCUCUUCCGGUAUCGAUAGCCCCGCCGCCCACUCCACAACAGCUUCGCCGCCACUCCGCCCUGCGCGACCACGCUGCGAGCUUCCUACGACUCAGCUUUGAAUACAAGCAUUGCGAGAACAAGACCUAAUAUACUCGCCUAUACACGUCCUGCGCCAAAAUGAGUUCGCCAAAGAGACGUAUCGAGACGGAUUUCUAUGUCAGAUUCAAGGGUCCGUCGGAAACUCCAUUCGAAGGCGGCCUUUGGAAGAUACACGUCGAACUGCCAGACCAAUAUCCCUACAAGAGCCCCAGUAUCGGCUUCGUCAACAGGAUAUUCCACCCCAAUAUUGAUGAGCUCUCCGGCUCCGUCUGCCUGGACGUCAUCAACCAAACCUGGUCGCCAAUGUACGACAUGAUCAACAUCUUCGAAGUCUUUCUCCCUCAACUCCUUCGAUAUCCCAACCCGACCGAUCCUCUGAACGGAGAAGCUGCUGCUCUUCUCAUGAGAGAACCUAAGAGCUACGACGCCAAAGUCAAAGAGUAUGUACAAAAGUACGCUAGCAAAGAUACUGCCGAGGACUCUGACAAGGAUGAUGGCGAUGAUGACGAGAUGAGCUCAGUUGGCAGCUACGAGUCUGGCGAUGAAGAUGGAGCUGCAGGCAACAUGGAUGAUAUUUAGAUGACCAUGCCGGGUUUGACCUGUCUUCCCCUAUGGCCCUUUUGUUUGCUUUCUCAUGGCUGGACGUUCAAGGCGCUAGUGUGGCGCACACAUAGGCUGGAUUUCUUCAUCUUUUGCUCUCUUGGACUACGCGGGUUGGGUUAAUGACCUAGUUUUAGGCAACAGCAUUCUCUGUUAUGCUCCUUGUUCGUAUAUGAAAUACCAAAGUAGUGUUCCUAUUACGUGCAC